AUGGCUUUGUUAGUUGAUAAGCUGCGUCCAAAAACGCUUGACACGCUCACCUAUCAUCCUGAGCUUUCGGAUCGCCUAAAAUCAUUGGCUCAAAGCGGCGACUUCCCCCAUCUACUCGUUUACGGACCCUCAGGAGCUGGAAAGAAGACACGAAUAAUCGCUACAUUGAAAGAGCUUUACGGGCCGGGAGUUGAGAAGAUCAAAAUCGAUGCCCGAGUCUUUCAAACGACCAGCAACCGCAAGCUCGAAUUCAACAUCGUUUCCUCCGUCUACCACCUCGAGAUCACACCCGCCGAUGUAGGAAACUAUGAUCGAGUUGUUGUUCAAGAGCUUCUGAAGGAAGUUGCCCAGACACAACAGGUAGAUCAAUCAGCGAAGCAGCGCUUCAAAGUGGUGGUGAUUAACGAGGCCGACCACCUGACUCGUGAUGCCCAAGCUGCUCUUCGUCGUACUAUGGAGAAAUACAGCCCUAACUUGCGAUUAAUUCUCCUGGCCAACAGUACUUCCAACAUUAUUGCCCCAAUUCGUUCACGUACCCUGCUGGUCAGGGUUGCUGCGCCCACUGAAGCGGAGAUUUGCUCUGUGCUCCAAGUUGCUGCAAAGAGAGAGGGUUGGACUGAGUGCGAUGGCCUGAACCAGCGGAUAGCAAGAGACAGUCAACGCAAUUUGCGCCGUGCGUUGUUGAUGUUCGAGUCUAUCUAUGCACAGAAUGAGAAAGUAAACGACAAAUCUCCGAUUCCGCCUCCAGAUUGGGAGGCACUGAUCUCUGUUACUGCAGAUGAGAUUCUUGCGGAACGAUCACCGGCUCGCUUGCUGCAAGUCCGUGCUCGCCUCUAUGAUCUUUUGACUCAUUGCAUCCCUCCGUCGACUGUCCUCAAAACUUUGACCUUCAUGCUCGUUGCCAAAGUUGACGAUGCGCUUAAACCAGAAGUUAUCAAAUGGUCUGCAUUUUAUGAACAUCGAAUCAAGCUCGGCAGCAAAGUUAUUUUCCACCUCGAGGCUUUCGUGGCUAAAUUCAUGCGCAUCUAUGAAAGGUUGGCACUGCAUGUCCUUCUCGUUUAUUUGAUGGGCAUGAUGGAGUUUUGA